UCCCCCUUCCUCCUCCUCUCUCGGUCGAGAGAGAGAGAGAGGGAGAGAGAGAGAGAUUAUUGGCUGGCUCCUGCUGCUGCUGCUGCGCGCGCUCGUGUCAAAGGCAGACAGAGAGGCAGCUGAUCGGCACAGCUGGCGUAGUCUCCCCGGCCCGCCGCCGCCAUGGCCGACCCAUACGGCGACGGCAAGGGCCUCAAGCAGCAGCUACCGCAGCAGCGGCAGAAGCUCAAGCCCGCCCUCGAGGUCGAGGACUUCAUCAACCUCCUCCACGGCUCCGAUCCCGUCCGUGUCGAGCUCACCCGCCUCGAGAACGAGCUCCAGUAUAAGGAGAAGGAGCUUGGGGAGGCGCAGGCAGAGAUCAAGGCUCUGCGUUUGUCCGAGCGAGCGCGCGAGAAGGCCGUCGAGGAUCUUACGGAAGAAUUGUCAAAGGUGGAUGCGAAGCUGAAGCUUACAGAAUCUCUCCUUGAAAGCAAGAAUCUUGAGGCAAAGAAGAUCAACGAUGAAAAGAAAGCGGCACUUGCAGCCCAAUUUGCAGCAGAGGCAACACUUCGAAGGGUUCAUGCAGCACAGAAGGAUGAUGACAUGCCCCCUAUUGAGGCCAUUCUUGCGCCAUUGGAAGCUGAACUGAAAAUAGCUCGUCAGGAGAUCGCAAAACUACAGGAUGACAACAGGGCAUUGGAUCGUCUUACGAAGUCCAAAGAAGCAGCUCUGCUCGAAGCAGAAAGGACAGUUCAGAUAGCAUUAGCAAAAGCUUCUUUGGUCGAUGAUUUGCAAAACAAAAACCAAGAAUUGAUGAAACAGAUUGAGAUCUGUCAGGAAGAGAACAAAAUCUUGGAUAGAAUGCACCGCCAAAAAGUAGCUGAGGUUGAGAAGCUCACUCAGACUGUCAGAGAGCUAGAAGAAGCUGUUCUUGCUGGAGGUGCAGCUGCAAAUGCUGUGAGAGACUAUCAGCGUAAAGUUCAGGAGAUGAAUGAAGAAAGGAAAACUCUUGAUCGUGAGCUAGCUCGUGCGAAAGUUUCGGCGAAUAGAGUUGCAGUAGUGGUGGCAAAUGAAUGGAAAGAUGGCAAUGAUAAAGUAAUGCCUGUUAAACAAUGGUUAGAAGAACGAAGGAUUUUACAAGGAGAAAUGCAGCAACUCCGGGAUAAACUUUCUAUAGCUGAAAGGGCUGCACGAUCAGAAGCUCAAUUGAAAGACAAAUUCCAGCUACGGCUUAAAGUACUGGAGGAAGGUCUGAGAAUGUCUACAACUCGAACCAAUGUUAACACAGCACGCCGCCAGUCUAUUGGUGGUGCUGAUAGUUUAUCCAAGACCAAUGGGUUCCUAGCAAAACGCCCGUCGUUCCAGAUGAGAUCCUCAGUAUCUACCACCACAACUACUCUAGUCAACCACGCAAAAGGGGCAUCUAAGUCUUUUGAUGGAGGUUGUAGAUCACUUGACCGUUAUAAGGGACAUAUAAACGGGUCUGGUAUGAAUGUAUCUACAGAUUCCAGUGAAGAUAAGGAAUCAAACAACUCAGACGAGAAGGCUAAUGAAUUCACAUCAGUUGAGUCAGAGGAUACAGUAUCAGGUUUGCUGUAUGAUACGCUGCAAAAGGAGGUAGUUGCUCUAAGGAAGGCUUGCCAUGAAAAGGAUCAAAGCCUGAAAGACAAGGACGACGCAGUAGAGAUGCUAGCAAAGAAAGUAGAUACAUUGACAAAGGCAAUGGAAUCAGAGGCUAAAAAAAGGAGGCUGGAGGUAGGUGCCAUGGAAAAAGAGAUGGCGGCUUUGCGCAUGGAGAAAGAGCAGGAUAGCAAAGCAAAAAGGUUUGGUAGUUCAAGUGGCUCUGCCAACAGCUCACAGCUGCCACCUGGCAGGACUUUGCCUCGGAGUGGAUCAGCACGCAAUAUGUGAUGCAAGCAAGAAAACACGCGGAAGGGAACCCUUAAUUUAGGAAGCACAACACAAUUCGAAGAGCAUGCAGGGCUUGGGCUUGUCUUGUCUUGGAUUAGUAGUGAUCGAUGAGAUGACGAGCUGCUGAUCGAAGAUCGAGAGGAGGGCAGAGCGGUGAUCGAUAAGCCUACAUCUCGUGGGAACCGACGACUCUGUCUGUCUAACCUGGCAAAUUAAGCUAGAGUGUUGGUUUUCUUUUCUUUUCUUUCUUUUCGUCACAUUUAUUUUCGACGGUAUCUUGAAUUUAUGAGAUUUGGUGGUGUUCAAUUUUUUUUCAUCUCAUCGUAUCGUUGGCUGGUGCUGUAUAGGUUUGGUGAGCCCGAUUUAUAAUUGGCUUGUAAUGUACUGAAGAGAGUGAAGAGUUGGUC